AUGGCCCGAGAUGGCUGUGCCAUAGACUUCUGCACGCUGGGCAUGUUCAUCAUCGACGAGAUUGAAUUUCCCCCGCCAAAGCCCCCAGUCAAGGAUAUCGUUGGUGGCGGAGGCACGUACUGCGCCCUCGGCGCACGCCUCUUCUCUCCGCCGCCCCAGUCCAAGAGCGUGGGCUGGGUGGUAGACUGCGGGUCAGACUUUCCCCAUGCCCUGCGCGACUACAUUGCUCGCUGGGAGACGGGUGUCUUGAUGCGCGAGACGCCGCAGCGGCUGACCACGCGUGGAUGGAACGGCUACGAGGGAGAAAACGAGCAUCGAGCCUUCCGUUACACGGCCCCCAAGCUGCGUAUAGACCACCAUGCCCUCGUAGACACGCCGCUGCUGUGGUCCAGGUCCUUUCACUUGAUCUGCUCGCCCCUGCGCUGCAUCGAUCUUGUCGAAAAUAUCAUGGCCCUGCGCAAGCACCACGACGAGUCGGGCACGGCGAGUCGCCCCAUAUUCAUCUGGGAGCCAGUCCCCGACGUGUGCACACCCCAAGAGCUGGACAACUGCAUCAAGGCACUCAAGUACGUCGACGUCAUCAGCCCUAAUCACGAUGAGCUCGGCGGAUUCUUCGGAACCAACACCGACGGUGCACAUCACGUCGACUUCCGGGUAAUUGAAGCGCUGAGCAGUCAGUGGCUGGAGCAUGGCGUUGGUCGCGACGGAAAUGGCGGGGUGGUGGUGCGCUGUGGAAAGGACGGCUGUCUGGUGAUGCGCAAAGGCGAGCGCAAGUGGAUGCCUGCAUAUCAUCAAUCGGCACAAAAGGUCGUGGAUCCCACAGGCGGCGGCAACAGCUUCCUGGGCGGGCUUGCAGUGGGCCUGCUGCGCGGCGGCUCCAGCUCAGUCAUGGACAACCUAGAAGAGGCGGCAAUGUGGGGGUCAGUGUCAGCCAGCUUUGCCAUUGAACAAGUCGGCAUGCCGGUGCUCUCCCGCACAGCCGACCGAGAGACGUGGAACGGUGUCUGUGUCGAAAAUAGGCUUUCAGAUUUCAAGCAGCGGCUGGCUAGUUAUGUACAGCCAUAG